UGGGGGCCUGUUGCCAACUGGGGCCUGCCAAUAGCUGCUAUGCUGGACCUGAAAAAAGACCCAACAAUGAUCAGUGGUAAAAUGACUACAGCCCUAUGUAUAUAUUCCAUGUUGUUUAUGAGGUUUGCCUGGAAAGUACAGCCAAGAAACAUGCUACUGUUUGCCUGUCAUGCAACAAAUGAAACAACACAGUUGGUGCAGUUAAUGCGAUUUACACAUUAUUAUUAUAUUAAGUCCCCAGAGGAUAGAGACAAGUACCAAGCAUCUCUACUUAAGCCAACAGAAUAGGUACAAAUGUAGUCAACAGCAUAUCUAUAUGCUUUACAAUGGAAUAAAUGCUGGUAUUGUGUGGCUGUUAAUAUUGGUAAAAUUGUUACAAUAGCCUGCCUGCUCAGUGAUAUUGUCUCUAACGUAUAUAUGUAUAAUUAUGACAACAGAACUGAGCUGAUUUAGUUACAAAGACAUGUUGUGUUUUACAAUUGAAUGAAGAGUUUCAGGUUAGUUAUGGAGCACAAACAUUAUGUAAGACUGCAUAAAUAAUUUUAAAACAUUUUCUGUAUACAUUUUCUCCGUUGUUUAUCGAUGUGAUACAUCAUGCUGUUAUUGUUAUCAAUAUCUGCUGUAUGAUAUACAUGUAUGUUUGUGUUACUAAAAACAUAUCUCAAGUUGCAUUUAAAUUAGAUUUAGGAAAAAAUACUUUAAUUAUAGCACUACUAUAUUAAUUUUCAGCCAUGCUGAUGUUUGUUUUAACUAUGAGAGUGAUUUUAAAAGAUACGCCGGUACUUAUCAUUUUCGUAUGAUUUUUUCAUAGGAAGUAAAUGAUCUUGUACUGUGUAUAAACAUUUCUUGCUAGAUGUAUUGGAAUCCUGAUCAUACAACAUCAUAGUUCAUGGACAAUAGAUUUGUCUGCUCUUAUUUCAAGUACAUGAUUAUGGAGAAAGUAAUUUGUAGUUUUAAUUUUGGGCAAUUAUUUAAGUGACAUCAUAAUAGUUAAGAUGAUGCAGGUAAAUUUUGUAUAUUGUACAUCCAUUGGCCAACAAUGUGAAUUUCGUGAAAUUGAUUGCGUAAUAACUUUGUUGAAGUAUGUGAUCAUAACACAAAUGCAACUAUUAAAUGCCCACAUCAAGCAGUGUCAUGUUAAACAUCUAUUUUUAUGAUUUGAGAUGAAUAAUUAGAGUUCAGGUGCUGGUAUACUGUAAGAUGGUAUCACAUCUGUUCACAGUGAAUGAGAUUUGGUAAAUUACUGAGCAAUAAGUUACACUGCAAGGCUAUAUGGCACACUGCUGGGUAAGAUCAUUUAGGUAGGGAAGGAGAUAUUAAAGUUAAAAUUUUGUAAAUAUUUACCUUCUGGGUGUUUAUUCUCUCUUCCCCUUUCAAAUGGUCAUUUUUACCCUAGUUUGUCACUUUUGUGUUUAUUUUUGUGGUUUUCCAGAACAUUUAUUUUGAGUUUAUAAAGAAUCUCUGAAGUGCAUUAUCUCAGUAUCUUAAUUUUAAAUGGAUUGAAAUCUGUAUAAAUUAGCCAGAGCAUUAACAAGUUGUGAAAGUAUAUACUUGAAAGAGGUUUAUGCAUUUGAGACGGCAUAUUGAGAAAUGGGGAUUGUGGAUGUGUAUACUUGGUGGGGACUGUGUAUUGAAGGUUGUGUGUACUGGGUUGGGGACUGUCUGUAUUGAGAAAUAGUAGAAGACUGUAUAUUGAAGACAUGUUUAUUUGGAAGCAUGUGUGUUUGGGUCAAUUUUUAUCAAAGUCUGUAAACGCUACAUGGUAGGGGCAUUGUGUAAUGGGGAUUACAUUUCUGUGUGUAUGGGGACCUUUUUUAAAUUAGGGAAUUGUUUGUAUGAUGGUAUGUGGGUGUUUGGGAUUUAUGUGUGUAUUCAGUCAUAGGGAGUGAACCCCAAAAGAUUAUUUCAAGUAUUUAGAUAUAUAAUUUAACUGAGAUGUUAUAUUCAGCUCCUUGUUUUCCAAUAUCAAGAUGUGGAAAGUUCUCUACUCAAUAUUCAGAUUUCUUUCUGAUUUAUUUUCUGACAGUGGUAUUCUAAUUGCCUGUGCUUGGGAUGAAAAUACCUCAUAUGCAUGGCCACUGCCUUAAAAUUUUUCCAGCUUAUGGUGCCAACAGAACAAAUGGCAUUAGUGAUUCAUAUUUUAAAGUUUUUUAUCCUUUCAUGCAUUUAAUAAAUUAUGACGAGAUUACAAACAAAAGGCACAUAGUUAUAUUAAAUUUUUCAUUUCAUAUGAAUGAGUUUUAUAGAUUUAGAGAGAUAUGUAAAGAUACAAUUUACUUUGUUAAUAGGUAUAUAAGAGAUUAUUAUGUAAAAAUGUUCAUAGAUGUCGAAUGACAUGAUAAUGAUAUUAUUCUCUUACCCAUAACAGGUGUUAACGUUAAAGAUUUAGCAUUAAAAUUUAGCAUAUAAAAUUGGUAAUGUAUGUUUAACAUCAUGUCAACAAUGCAAAGCAUUGGGGCAAUGAAUCACAUACCUUAGCAGGCCAGCAGAGGAAGAGAAAAGUAAUCAUUCACCCUUUGUUGGUGAGGAAGAGGUAUCUUAACCCUGGGGGAAGGAAUAUUAAAUUGCUAAUACUCAGCAAGCUCAAUCUUUGCCAUCCAAAUCAUCUUUCCCCUCGUGAUGAGAUCCCUCAAUCUCACCAUCAAGGUGGUGAAAGAUAUCAAGAGAGAAAAUGAACUAACUGAAAGAUAUCUCAACAGCAUAGAGAAUUUUACAAGAUUAAUUAUUGUCCUUGUCCCUAGGUUAACAUACAUACCAUGGAUUAAUUAUAAAACAUUCCAUGUAAACCCAUCUGUUAAUUUAUCUCACACAAAAGUUAGAUGUCUUUUUAAUUUUUACCAGUGCUAGGUGUGUUGAAUAGUGUUUGUUGUGUGGUAUUUACUUGUUCUUUCCUCCUUGUUCAAGAUUUAUUUUUUGAAUUUGUUCUUUUCAAUGAACACUGUUGAAAAUACAUGUAUUUAUUGUAAACCAUCUGAUACUUUGUACAAGGAAAACAGGGCUGUUAUGUAGGUGUGUGGAAAAUUUUGGAAUUUAGAUAGAAUUAAGUUUACAGAAGGUUAGGAUAACAUUGCUGUAGUUGUUUGUGAUCAUUAUGCAUUUUUGUCUACAGAAAAAUUCCACUGUAGUUUAAUUUUCAGUCAUUUUUGCUCUUUUGAAAAUAAGACAAAUUAAAGCUGGGCUUAAUGUUCAAUUUGAAAAUCAAUUUAAUUCAUUUUGGAGCUAAUAUAACACCUGGUGAAAUUGGACAAUUUGAAUGUUUCCUUGAGUAUGUAUGUGUAUAUUUACUAACAAAUAGAAGUAUACAGUAUUCCAUGGAUUACUUUUGUUAUGUUCACUCUGUUUGUACCAUAUGUUUUACAGACAAAUCUGCUGUUUUGGUUUCAAAUCUGGCAAUUGAAAUAUAUUUGAAGCAUAUUCUCAGGUUUUGUUUAAGUAUAUAUAUGGUGCACAUCUGAUUAUAACCAGAAUUUAGACAAUGUAUCUUAUACUCCAGGUAUAUCUGUCAGCAAUAUCAACUAUCAAAGUUGUUGGUGUAAAACUUCCACAGAAAUGUUGAAAUGCAUUUGUAGCACGACUUUGUAUUGGAUGAAAAACAAAGACCUAAAAAAAUUUGGAUGGGUAAAUAAAUGUGAACAACAUGCUACAUUUUUAAAUGAUGUGUGUAGUAAUCACUUCUUCAAGUAAUGAUCAGUACGGUAAUGUAAAUUGUAACUUCUUUUCUCAUAUACCUGUAGUACAAUUUACAAUCCAUCAAUGAAUUGCAUUGUGUUAAAGACUCAGAUAAUAGCUUGAAAUGAUUCAAAUUCAGAAAUACAGUUUACAUCAUUUCAAAUGAUAUUUUUGUUUUAGGUUUUCACAUAACAUUUUCACUUUCAUUUUCAAGCCAGAUAGCAAAUGGUUAAUACAUUUGUGGUGAAGGUCCACAACUGUUGUGUAUUUCACAGCGGAGUAGAAUUUUUGAAAACUAAUAAUGUAUUGUUAGAACUACUUUCAUUGCCACCAUUUAGUUAAAUUAUUAUAUUUUAUUUUAAAGGCCAAUACAUGAAGACAUUUUCAUAAUGGGAAAUGUGGUAGCCAUAGAAUUAGUAGUUACAUGGAAGUUAUGUUGUUAACUUGUAUUUGGAAAAGUCAGAAUUGUGUUAUUUCAGUUAUUUUAUAAUCUGAGAUGGAAGUAUUUAACAUUUGAUUAAAAAAUGCCAACUAA